AUGAAGGAGACAUGGUUUGAAAGCAGAUUGCCUGAAGGAGAUCUUGUAGUUUUAAUAGACAUGAUCAAAACAAGUCAACCAUGUUCGGGAAGGCGUGGCAAAACAGGCCCCCCUGGAAAACCAGGACCACCAGGACCUCCUGGAAACCUGGGAGAAAAUGGAGCAAGUAUUUUUAAAGGAGAAAAGGGUGAAACUGGACAGCCUGGAUUUCCAGGAUCAGUUGGUCUUAAAGGACAAAAAGGAGAAACGGGCAAGCAAGGAAACAUCGGCCUACAAGGAAUAAAAGGUGACAAGGGAGAAAUUGGGAUAAAAGGAUCAACAGGAAUGAAGGGUGAACCUGGUGAUGCUGGUCCACCUGGACUCAUAGGGAAUUCAGGAAUUAAGGGUCAGCAAGGACAAGCAGGCCCUAUGGGACCCAGAGGACCACCAGGAAAUAUUGGGUUGCCAGGAGAACAUGGUAUUCCAGGAAAACAAGGCAUUAAAGGAGAAAAGGGAGAUCCCGGUGGAAUUAUAGGACCUCCUGGACAUCCGGGUACAAAAGGUGAGGCAGGUCCUCCAGGGAUAAGCCUGCCUGGUGAACCAGGCUUAGAUGGAAUUCCUGGGACACCUGGUCCACGAGGGCCAAAGGGUGAAAGAGGACUGCCAGGUGUUCAUGGACUCCCUGGUGACAUCGGACCUCCAGGAAUGGGAAUUCCUGGCCAACCAGGAUCCAGAGGGCCCUCUGGAGAGCCAGGUAUUCAGGGUCCUAGAGGCCUUCCUGGGUUACCAGGAGCUCCAGGGAGUGAUGGAGCUCCAGGGAGAGAUGGGAAGCCAGGGAUGCCAGGUCCCCCAGGUGACCCAAUUGCACUUCCUCUUUUGGGAGAUAUUGGUGCUAUGUUGAAGGUAAUCUGUUAUGUAAUAUAUUUUUUGUUCAUUUCUAAGGAAAUAAUCAGAACAUUCUUACAAGAUGGGGCUUGUUUAUUUAGUUUCAUCAACAAAAUUAAAUUUAAAAGGUAG